GGGCUUGGUGGUCGUUGCAUCAAUGGCGGGAAGAUUCGGGGAUAAGAAAUCCGCCAAAAUUCUCUGACAUCUUUUUUCUUUUUUCUUUUUUUUUUUCUUCCCGAUUUAAAACCUUUGAAUUCAUUUGUGCAUUUUCCUCACAUGUCUUUCCUCGAAGAAUUUCAAGCGAACCUGGAAUCACUACCCAACAUUCUUCAAAAGAAGUAUGCUUUGCUGCAUGAUUUAGAUCAAAGUUUGCAAGGACUAGUGAAACAGAAUGAACAACGCUGUGAGCAAGAAAUUGAGGAUAUUAAGAGGGGAGUUAAAUGUGGUAAUAUUACUCCAGAUACUUCACUCAUUAGAUUCUCUGAUGAAGCUCUUGAUGAACAGAAGCAUAGCAUCAGAAUUGCUGAUGAAAAGGUUGCCCUUGCUGUUCAGGCAUAUGAUUUGGUAGAUACCCACAUACAACAGCUUGACCAGUAUUUGAAGAAUUUUGAUGAAAAGCUUCGUCACGAAAGAGGUACUGCUGCUGCUACUGGGUUGCCAGCUUCAAGUGUAGAUGGUAACACAAAAUCUGGACGGGGAACAGAAGGGGGUAGAGGUGGGCGUAAAAAAAGAAAUGCCCAAGCUGCAGCUUCAACAACAGAAGCACCAACUACGGCAACUCCCACAGGAAUGGAACUUGAAUUACCAGUUGAUCCAAAUGAACCAACUUACUGUCUCUGCAACCAAGUUAGUUACGGGGAGAUGGUUGCCUGUGAUAAUCCUAAUUGCAAGAUCGAAUGGUUUCAUUUUGGCUGUGUUGGUCUAAAAGAACAACCAAAAGGAAAAUGGUACUGUUCAGAUUGUGCCGGCUCCAAAGGUCGCCGAAAAGGCAGAUGAUACAGAAUCUUUGACAGUAGAUCCAAAUCAUUAGGGCCCUUUCUCCCUUUCCCCAUCCUGUGGGAGGUCGAUCAAGUUUCUGCCAGGAAGGGUCAACUCAUGAGAAUUGAAGUGGGCCUUAAGACCAUUAGAGGACAAUACACAAUAAAACACUGCUGUUCACUGUAAAACACACCGAUCGGACCGGAGCUGUGUGGUUGGGGAUAAAAAGGGAGAUGCCUAGACAUCUUUGGAUGUUCGUUAUGGGGGGACUUGAGGUAUCCAAUUUUUAUCCAUCUGUCUUGUCCCGUAUAAGCCAACUAAAUUAUCUGUAGUGGUUAAUUUCUGUAUAUUAAUUUGUCCAAUAAAGUUAUUUCGAGUUCAGUUGAUGUCGAAUGAAUGUGUAUGUAUUGGCAUUCAAUAUGAAGAACUGAAUUAGGUCAUGUAACAAUAAGAUAGCUGUGAUUUGUAGAUGAGUGAACUAAUGAUAUUAAUAUCAUCAUAUAGGAGAAGUUAGCAUA